UUCUAGAUUAUUGAUAUAAAGGCUCUUGUUACUUUGUGACGAAAUAGACGUAACUUAGAAUGAAUGAGACAGUAUUUAACGACCCAGUUCAUGGUACAAUAUCUCUUCGUCCUGAGUUGGUGAAAAUCAUCAACACUCCGCAGUUCCAAAGACUGCGAAAUAUCAAACAGUUGAGUGGAAAAUACUUCGUUUAUCCCGGUGUAUCACACAAUCGUUUUGAGCACAGCAUUGGUACCGCAUAUUUAGCGGGAAAAUUGGUUCGUCAUCUCAAGAAGAAUCAAGAUCUUGGAAUUGACGAGAGAGAUGUUCUGUGUGUUGAAAUAGCUGGACUCUGCCAUGAUCUUGGUCACGGUCCUUUUUCACACUUGUUCGAUGGAAUGUUCAUGAAAAAGUUGAAAAAAAGAGAAUCAGAAGAGGAAAGAGUAGAGAAUGAGAAAUAUCUUUCCCACGAAGAUAUUUCUUGCAAAAUGUUGGAUCUUUUGCUCGAUGGAAUAGAAGAGAAAAUUGUGUCAGAGGAAGAGCGCCAAUUUAUCAAAGAAAUGAUUGCGGGGAGUGGCAAAGGGUGUACUUCCGAUCGUUGGUUCCUCUACGAAAUUAUAUCAAAUAAGACCAACGGAGUCGAUGUUGAUAAGUGGGAUUAUUUUGCAAGAGAUUGUCAUCACUUGGGUAUUCCGAAUGGAUUCAACCACAAUCGUUUUUUACAGUUUAUGCAAGUGUUACCAGUUGAAAAGGAUGACCAAUAUAAAGAAGAAGGAAAGCAUAUUUGUGUACAUGAGAAGGAAUGUUUCAAUUUGUAUGAAAUGUUUCACACACGAUGUUCUCUACACCGAAGAGCAUAUCAGCACAAAGCUGGGAAUGCAAUUGACCAUAUGAUCAGUGAUGCCCUGGUAGAAGCCGACAGACACAUCCUAUUUCGUGGAAAAAAAGCUGAACCACAAAACCUUGAUUGGAAUGAGGCGCGUAAACUUGAGAAUGGAUGCUUUAAAUUACCAGACCCCGAUUCCCCAAACAGAAAUUUUCUGAAGGACGGGAAUGAUGUAUUUCAUCUUCGCACUAUAUCUCAAUGCGUUGAUGAUCCUGUAGCAUAUACAAAGCUAGAUGAUGGAAUUUUUCAACAAAUUCUACAUUCUGACGGUGAACCUCUAAAAAAAGCUCGGGAAAUUCUCGAAAGAAUAUUCAGGAGAGAUAUAUAUAGAUGUAUUGGAGACGUAUUGGAUUGUAUUGGAGACGAGCAACUUAAAGAAGGGCAAGAUGUCAGGGUGAAAGAGCAUGAAAUCAAGAAACAAAUAGUCGGUGACAGCAACAUCAUAGGGGUGGAUGAUUUAGAAGUUAGUUUGGUUGUACUGAACUACGGUGAUGAUGAUAAUAAUCCAGUAGCAAAGUAUCGGUUCUAUUCGAAAAGUGAACAUCAAGAACCGUUGAAGGCGAAGGAAAUUAAGCCCUGCGAGUUUUCUAACAUGCUGCCGGCGAAAUUUGAGGAAAGAAGAAUACAGGUUUUCUGCAAGAAUCCAGGUUUUCUGCAAAAAAAAGCAAUUGAAGCCAGAAAACGCUUUGAGGAUUGGAAAAAAAAAUAA